AUGGAGCACAACAGAGACGAGGCUCAGCGGAGCCUGGCUGUGGCCGAACGACACCUGGCCAACGGCAAGUACGAUGCUGCCUUGCGCUUCAUCAAGAAGUCACAGGCGCUGUACCCCUUGCCGAGCGCAGAUGCCUUGGAGAAGCUUGUACAGACCAGCAUGGCGGCCGGCUCGGGUGCAGCAGGCAUGAACGGUCACGCUCAGUCAGAGGGCGCAAGUGCGUCCACUUCGUCGGCAGAGACGCAUCCUUCGGGUCAGGGUCUCAAGCAUCGUGCCGCUCAAUCUGCUUCUCCUUCAUCGGCAACUGCAAAGGGGAAAGCCAAAGAAGAACAGCGGGAGUACACGGCCGAGCAAGCUGCUCUCGUCAAACGAGUGAGAAUGUGCAAGCCGGCAGCGUACUAUGACAUACUCGCGCUCGACAAGGCCUGUACAGAUACAGACAUCAAGAAAGCCUAUCGUCGUCUCGCACUCGGCCUGCAUCCCGACAAGAACGGCUGCCCGGGCGCAGACGAAGCAUUCAAGUCGGUCGGCAAGGCCUUCCAGAUUUUGUCAGAUAAGGACAAGCGGAGGAUGUUCGACCAGUGCGGUGCCGAUCCGGAUGAUCGAUCCUCGAGAGCCGCUGCUGCUUCCGCUGGCACUCGCUUUGCAGGCGCGCGGUCAGCCAACGGAUUUGGUGAUGAGAUCAAUGCGGAGGAUCUCUUCAAUAUGUUCUUCGGGGGCGCACAAUCAGGUUUCGGUGGCACGGGCGUUCGCUUCGGCGGCGGCUCUCCCAUGUUCUUUGGACCGGGCAUGCAGACUUUCUCGACCGGUGGCAUGCCUCGGAGGGCCCAGCGCGCAGGUGGGCAACAGCAGCAAGAAGAGCAUGUGCCAACGCCGGCGUGGCUACAGCUCUUGCCGCUCAUCCUGCUCGGCUUGUUCUCCUUGCUCACUCAGCUACCGAGCCUCUUUACCACCCAGCCGCCACCGAACCCCAGCUACGCCUUUGAGCCGUCCAGCUACCAUACAGCCUGUCUAGAGACGACCCGGAGUCAUUAUACUUAUUGCGUCAAUCCGACCCAAUUUGCUGUACAUCCGAUUUACAGUGCCAUUCUCGAGCAGAAUCCAGACUUGCUGCCUUUCAAUAUGCCGGAGCAGACCGACGGUACCGCCUUACCGGUCAGCCAUCGGAACGAAAUGCUUCAGAAGCAACUUAUCUCGACACUACCGAUUCUGACGCGGUCUAUGAGCUCUUCCGCCAAAGGCGCAGAAAAGUUGCGGGUCCCAAGCAACUUGCGACGCUUCGAAGAGACCAUUGAAGAAAACUACAUACACAUGCUUCAAGUACGAUGUCAACGCGAGAUGGAAGACCGUACGGAGCGUAUCCAGCGUGAGAAGGGUCUCUUUGGCAUUGGAGCAGACUGGGCGAAGAUACGGAAGAUGCAGCAAGAGCGCUCGCUUCACUGUCAGAAGCUCCGUGCUGCUGGAUACAACGUCGUCUACACCAUACAUGUGGGUCGGAUGCUGACCUCGACGCGUACGCACAACGCCUCUCGCUUGACCUCGCUCGUGGGUUCCGUUGUCUCGCUUCUUUCACCAGUCGACAAGCACAUCGAUAGCAUUCCCACGCACCGCAAGACGCCAGCAUCCGCGCCCGACUGUCAUCGAACGCUUCCUCAUCCGCCGCCCAGAAUCCUUUGUCGUCCGCAAGAUCGAGCGGAGCGACUCGUCGACAUGAUCUGCACAGAGUCGCCCAAGACAACUCGCCUUCAGCUCUCUAUCCCUCGUACCCGUCAGCAUGACCUGAAGCUGAUCUCCGAGGAUCGUCCCGGUAGUGAGGAUCUGUCUCCUACGCCUACCUUGGUCACACAUGCAAAGGGCCCCAUCAGAAGAGAUGACGCCUUCACACCGGGUUCUCGUACACCCACGCAGCCGAGCCUUGCUGCCGCUGCCUGCGAUCCUCCCGAGCUCGCAGGACCGCCUAUAGAGCCAUCAUCCGAUGCACAAUCACUUCCAGUCUUGCCAGCGCUCAGUCCAAUCGAUUUCACGGCCACGUCGAUGGCAAGCCUGUUCAAGCGUGCUGACAUUGUUCAGGCGACGCCAACGGAGCGCCUUGGCAAGCCGCUUGAGGUGUCUCCCUUUUUCGGUGGCAGCAUCAAUCACCGGGCCGUUCAGGGCAUCGAUGAGAGCGAGACAAAGGCCGUUCCUCACCCCCUCACCGCCGACGCCCUUACAUUGCUCGACAGCCAGUCCGCAUCUGCCAAAGGCGAAAAGGGUGAAGACCUCAUUCCGCAUGCAAUUUCGCCCAGCUCGAUUGAUGUCGGCUUCCCCGCCGCUGUCUCGCUCAAGUCUGAAAAGAAGUCGCUUUCGGCUGCUGCCGCCCCUUUCGUCCCCAAACCCGCCACACUCGCUACCUCUAUCUCGGCGUCCUCUCUUUCCGACUAUAUCACGUUUGACAGUUGCGCGAGAUCAAAGUAUUCGUCUCACACUGAAGCAAAGCUCGCUCCGCUUGACGAGCUUCAGGAUAUUGUUGCUCAGCUGCCUGUCACCAAGAAUCUCGCUACACGUAAGACAACAGGUAGCAUGCGCUCGACUAGUCACCUGCGUACCGCCGCUCUGGAUAUCACUAGCCGUAUGGCAGCCGUCGAAACAUUCCGCGAGACGACCACCACUCCCAAGCGCGCACAGCACCAGUCCAAGCUCGUGGCUCUGCCUAUCUUUGCGCCUGAUCAACAGACGCUCCUCACAUCUUUGGCUGCUUCGCUUACCGGAGGACAAAGCCUUCAAUCGCCCUACGCCUCGCCCGUUCCAGUUGCUGUCAUGUCCGUCAACAAAGCUUCGGAUGUGACCCGUUCAUCACUUGGCGAGCUUUCGGUCUCGAGCAAUGUCGAGUCCGCUGUGCCGCCUAGCCCAGGACUCAGCGAGAUCCUCGAUCAGUCAUGCUCUAUCUGCGACGAGUCUUCCAUCCUGAUCACGCCCGCUUCGCUCGCUAUCAAACGGGAAGAGAAGCACUAUACCAGCCCGGAUAAGCUCAUACCGUCUCUUGUUGGUCCCGGCAACCUUCCGUAUGCACGUUGUCCAUCAGGCAUUGACGCACUCAUUCUGCCGGAUGUCAAGGUCUAUCCUGAAUAUCAAGGCGGCGGUCUGCAUUUCGCCCUCGGGCGGGCUCGCUACAAGGCUUCGAUAGUCCAGAAAUCGAUUCACGCACGCGAAGUGAAGCGUGACCAGACACAGCAGCGCGGAUACGCUCAGAGACUCGCUGAUGGCCUACAACUCGCAUUUGCUGGUCCUGACGGCGAUGCGGUGAACACUGCCAAGUCAUUUCCUUCGCCACCUCCGCCGCCCAAUUCGGUCGUCUCUGCGACUGGCGAAGAUCAAGAUGAUGUCUGGCAGGCCAAAAUUGAAGCAUUGCGUAAGCAGCAGAACGUUGCGGCCAUUCAGCUUUACGAGCAGCAGCAAAAAAUCAUCGCCUACAACUUUGUCCUGCUGCAAUCGAUGCUCAAGCCCGGCAUGGCGGCAGUCGUUCCCUCAGACAGCACUGCUGACAUUUCCGGCCAGCGAGUUCGCUUCGAAGUGCCUACCGAGCAUGAGGACAACAAGGAGAACAGCCGUUCGUCCGCGGGCGGUCCAAACCACGUCGCAUCGAUGAGCAAGCCCUGUUCCAUGGACUUCAAAAUAGCUCAGGCAUUCACCAUCUAUCGCGAUCCUGCUGUAAGCAAGGUAGGCGGGGCUCGCGCCGAUGCGUGCAAUUCGGCCAAGUCGGAUACUACCUUGCGUGCUAUGCGCCAGCGUAAUCUCAACUCGACCGAAACUCGAUCGUCCCGCGCUCAUUCGUGGCGUCGCAAAGAGCCAGCACAGAGCGGCGCGACGAUCGAUGCCGGUAUCCUCGACGCAGGUAAGAACGCAGGCAAGAGCGGAUCUAAGAUGGGGAGAUCAGGCAGCGACUCGCACACAGCCAGCGCAUCGCUGCCCAGAAAGCCGCUCCAGACCAUUCAGAAGCCUGGACAGGCGGCCGUGACCCGCUCAACGGUGCGCAGGGCUAGCUCGACGCUGCGCUGA